UCGCCAUGUUGAAAACCACUGUAUUUCCAAGAUUUCUCAUCUUGGCAGCACUGAGACGCUUGACGGGAUGAGAAGAAAGAGAAACUGAAGACCAAAUCUACAAUGAUGAUCAAAGGCCAUGUUCUUCACACUUCAGUUUCCUGGUUGCCAAGGCUACGCAUUCACAGUCUGUUCUGUGAGAAGUCCGGAAUACUGCCUCAGGGCUGUUAAAGAUCUGCAUCUCAUCAGAAGAAUGAGACGAGACAUUUGUAGUCCCAAUCUCUGUUUUCCUGAGCUGGCAUGUGAGAAUUCACAUACACUGUCCCAGAAGGAAGGCUGUUCAAAUUGAAGCCCCAGAAUCUAUCUAGGAAUUGAUUUCAAGAUCCGCACUGUGGAUAUAGAUGGGAAGAAGAUCAAACUGCAAGUCUGGGACACAGCUGGCCAAGAGCGAUUCAAGACGAUAACUACUGCCUAUUACCGUGGAGCCAUGGGCAUUAUCCUGGUAUAUGACAUCACAGAUGAGAAAUCCUUCGAGAAUAUUCAGAACUGGAUGAAGAGCAUCAAAGAGAAUGCCUCUGCUGGGGUCGAGCGCCUCUUACUGGGGAACAAGUGUGACAUGGAGGCCAAGAGGAAAGUACAGAAGGAGCAGGCCAAUAAGUUGGCUCGGGAGCAUGGAAUCCGAUUUUUUGAGACAAGUGCCAAAUCUAGUAUGAACGUAGAUGAGGCUUUCAGUUCCCUGGCCCGGGACAUCUUGCUCAAGUCAGGAAGCCGCAGAUCGGGAAACAGCAACAAGCCCUCCAGCACUGACCUGAAAACUUGUGACAAGAAGAACACCAACAAGUGCUCCCUGGGCUGAGGACCCGUUUCUCCCUCCCCACCCUAAGCCUGGAGGCUGAACGUGAGGGAGGCAGGGCUGAGAGGCUGGGCAGGGGAGAAAUAGCAAGUGGGGCUUGGAGGGAUAGAGACAGGCAGAUGGUGGAAGAAUGGGGAGGGAAUGGUAACAAAAAAAGGAAGGAGAGAAAAGGAAAGAGGAAAAGGAGGUAGAAUAGAGAAGGAAGGAGAAGAAAGAAGGAAAAGAAUUGAGGAAGUGAAAGGUGAGGAGAUAGGAAGAGAGGGAGAAGGAAAGGAAGAUGGCCCUAGGCCUCAGGCCUUUUCUGGGUUUCCAGGGCAAACAUAAAUGUAAAUAAAUAAUUGAUUUAUUCUGUUACUGAAUCAGGCUUUAGGGUCCUGAGAGAGGCUGGCUCAGCACCACCCUCUGAUGGUUUGGUCCUAUCCUGUCACUCUGCAUGGUCUUUCUCAGUAUUAAAGGCCACCAUUUGCACGAA